AUGGAAGUUAACUUCACCUUGGCGAAACGCAAUGAAGACCGCGAAUUUAUUAUUGAACUAUUGCAAUUAUAUAGCCAACAUACAACUUUAUGGGAAGUUAAAAGUACUGAAUAUAGUGAUAGAAACCUGAAGAAUGAGGCAUAUAAUGUAUUAAUUGAAAAAUAUAAAGAAGUGGACCCAAAUGCAGACAAAGAAAUUGUGAAAAAGAAAAUUAAUAGUCUGAGAACUAAUUAUCGAAAAGAGCUGAAAAAAGUAAAAGCGUCCUACAAAUCUGGAAGUGGUACUGAUAUAUACGUGCCUCCGUUAUGGUAUUAUAAUGAAUUAAAUUUUCUACAAGACCAAGAAGUACCUGUGGAUGGAUCAUCUACAAUUAUUUUACAAAGCGAGUAUGAGACACAAGACGACGUAGACCUCUCAAUAAACGCACAGGAGCAAAACAUACCAGAGGAACAAUACACAAAUGUUAAGCUAAGACCGAAACCAACCAUACAGCCACCACCAGCAAAAAAAACAAAUGGUUACUUCUCAAAAGGAAUUACUAAAUAUAGCAUGUGA